UUUUGUGAACAUCAGUAGACAACAUCUGCAUUUGGCUAUAAUAUUUGAUUAGUUAAUAUAAGUAUAUAUGAAUAAAAGUAUAUACAAAGAAUAUGUUCGAUUUGGACGUUUACGUGCUAUAAAUGUUUAUUACGCUUUAAGCGCUUAAAUCUUUCGCAGACCAGCGCGAUGUGAACAUCCAAUGAGAAUACUACUUUUCCAGAAGAGCUGCACGCUCACUGGAUAUCGCGCGUCACGUGCGCAUAUCGCAUCGCGCUGGCUGCGAGAGCCAUAAGUUGGUGACGCAUGGUGAUUGUUUUCGUGCUGAAUUACUUUUCAGUUACGAAUGUACUACGCAAGAAGUAUUUAUAUGUAUGUACAUUUUAUGUUUUAUAUAUUAAUAUAAAACAUUUUUCACAUAUAUUUCAUAUUCUAUAAUUGACAAGAAAUGAAUGACGAAGAUGUGAAGCGUCCCGACGAAGAAGAGAGUGAAUUUGGCUUUGAAACCGAGCACGUGGCAUUGAAAGGUAACACGGAUUAUUGCGCAUUUCUAAAAACGAUUGUUACUCUCGAGGCCCAAAGGACUCGAGCUAUAGAAGAUUUGGACAAGCUACUGUCUGUGAAAACCAAAGCGUUGAAGGACCCGAUAUUGUUCGUGGCACAAUUGCAAAAUGGUGAUCUCCCAGAGUUACCUGGUCCACAGAAGAUUGCAGAGAUUCCUUAUGUUGAUUGGCCGAAAUAUAACAUAUCAAUACCAGAUGUACGUAUGAGACCACAAACUCGACAUGGAAAUGUAUUGCCUCAGAUUCAUAUAAAAAAUGAACAAGAAGAUGGAAAGAUUCUAGUCCGUGGUCGUGCUUUCGAUGAAUCCAAGCCUGAAACUUUCAAUCAGUUAUGGACAAAUGAGGAGCAAAAGCGACUCGAAGAACUUUUAGUAGAAUAUCCACAAGAAGAAAUAGAAAUGAAACGUUGGACCAAGAUAGCCAAAGCAUUAGGAAAUCGAACACCUAAGCAGGUAUCUAGUAGAGUUCAAAAAUACUUCAUUAAACUUUCAAGGGCAGGAUUGCCGAUACCAGGAAGAGGGCCUAAAGUCAAAAUAGAUAUCAAGAAAGGCUUAACCCAUAAGCGCAACAGUAACUUUUUAUGGAAACGGUCAACAUUUUUCCCACAUCAAGAUAUUUCUUGUGGUAUAUCUGAUGAAAAUAAAGAACAGCCUGUUGCAGAAGAGUUUGAGGAAGAUACAAUAAAUGAAGGAAUGAAUGACAACCCUGAGUUAAGGCAAAUAGAGUUAUUGCGUCAAGUAAAGAUUGAAAAGGAACAAGAUUCUUCAACAUACAAAAAUAUUGGAUUUAAGUGUACAAUAUGUGAUGAUGAACCUAUAAAGGGUACUAGGUGGCAAUGUGCAGAAUGUAGUGAUACUGUUCUAUGUGGCGAUUGUGCAGUAACACAAUUAGAAGAAGUAAAUCCCAUGCACAAUCCAUAUCACAAAUUACUUCCUAUAAAACCACCGUGUACUAGAAGUUAUGAUCUUGAUUAUCUGCCACAAUGUUUUAACAAUUCUUACAACUAUCUCGAUCCAAACUUCCUACCUGAAUAGCCCACGCAUUUUAUCUUAUUAAAUAUACAUUGAAUAAAUGUAUAUGAGAAUAGGAAUGACGAGUAAAAAAUGAUCAUAUAAAUAACUUAAAUAA